UUGUCGUAUUUCGUAGAGGGUAAUGAGAAACGACGGUUCUAAACAGUGAAAUCAAGCAUCCGCAGUGGACCGAACUGCACUCGUCGAGGUUGUAAAAUGCGCUGAGGACAUGUCAGCAGUCAUGUUUCGCGCGAGUUUUGCAACUUAUCUGGUUAUUUUACUGACGACGAUUACCGCAGCUGGGUCGAUCAAGAAAUUGUUCGACGACGAUGCUUUGAACAACGAACUUGAUCGCCCGAUACCCGUCAUUUCCGAGCAAGGAGUCGCUGGGCAGAAAGGAAUUUUACCGUGUGAUAUCCAGCCACGUGAUGAAAACGACGCAGUCUCUAUGGUACUUUGGUUUAAGGAAGCAGACGGAGAACCGCUGUAUAGCUACGACGCGAGGAGCCGUCUUGGCAAAGCGAAGCUUUGGAGUGCACCCCAAUUUUGGGGUAACCGCGCCUUAUUCCGGGCGAAGUCGCCGGCUCAAUUAUUGGUCCAGGAUCUUCGAGAGAGUGACGAAGGGGUCUACAGAUGCAGGGUGGACUUCCGGAACUCCCCGACCCGCAACCUAAAGGUCAACUUCACGGUUAUCGUUCCACCGUCGAAGCCGAUAAUCUACGAUGCGAAGAGACGCGACAUGAGCAAACUCCUCGAGGCUUACGCGGAGGGUGCAAAUCUUACUCUAGUCUGCGAAGUUCACGGAGGAAGACCGCGGCCGAGCGUUGCCUGGUAUCUUGAAUCGAAAAUGAUAGACGCUUCCUACGAAGUGCGAGAAAGCCAUGGAUCGAAGGGUGAGAGUUCGAUCUUGACCACCAAUCGCGUGACCCUUGAACGACUUACGAGGAGGCAUCACCACGCCAGGUUAGCCUGCAAGGCAACUAACACAGCUCUGGCAAGUCCCCCGACAACUACGGUCAUCAUUGAGCUGAACAUGAAGCCACUGACGGUUGAGAUCAUGAACAAGAGAAAGACCGUGUCGGCAGGGACAAAAUACGAGGUCGAGUGCAAAAGCACAGGAUCCAGACCGCCGGCUAACUUGUCUUGGUGGAGGGGUGCCAAACCACUUCAAAAACCAGCUAAAGUUGUCCAGGAAGGCGGCAUGAGCGUGAGCAUAUUGCAGUGGACGCCGAGCGUCGAAGACGAGGGUAAGCAUCUGGUUUGUCGAGCAGAAAACCCCCAAUUACCGGAUGCCGGCAUCGAGGACAAAUGGAAACUGGAGGUUCAUUUUACACCGAUCGUUUCACUCCGAAUGGGAUCCUCUUUGAAACCAGAUGAGAUUAAAGAAGGCGAUGACGUUUACUUCGAAUGCAACGUCAGGGCAAAUCCGAGAAGUCAUAAGCUUGUGUGGUUUCACGAGCAUGAAGAACUUCAUCACAACGUAUCCGGCGGCAUUGUUUUAUCCGAUCAUUCGUUGGUCCUGCAAGGCAUAACCAGAGAAUCGGCAGGAAGAUACACAUGCCUCGCAGCGAACACCGCAGGAAAAGAAACGUCGAACGUCGUGAACCUGAACGUGAUGUUCGCGCCGAUCUGCAAGCACGUGUUGAAUUCCGGACCGUCUAAAUUCCAAAAUGCAACACCGCCGCCGUUCAACGUACCCGAAGAACUUCACGGCGCCCUAAAACACGAGACCAUAGAAUUAGUCUGCGAGGUCGAGGCGAGUCCGACGUCGGUCACGUUCCACUGGACCUUCAACAGCAGCGGCGACCUAAAUGACCUUUCCCCCUCGAAAUAUAGCAGCGAGGGAACCGUCAGCAGACUGAAUUACACACCCGCAACGGACAUGGAUUACGGGACCCUCGGGUGCUGGGCCAGAAACAUUGUCGGACAGUCAAAACAGCCUUGCUUUUAUCAAGUCGUCGCCGCAGGCAGACCGUAUCCCCUCCAAAACUGCACAGCAUUCAAUCUGAGCGGUGCUUUGAUCCGGAUAUCGUGCAUCGAGGGCUUUGACGGAGGACUUCCUCAGAAGUUUGUGGCCGUCUCGAGCGAUCAGCGAUGGGAAUCGGCGUUCCCUUACUGGGAACUUGAUCUCCGCAAACCUACCGAGGCAGUAAGUCUCUACGCCGUUAAUGCCAAGGGAUCAAGCGACCCUGUCGUCAUGGACAACGUGGCACUGAAAAGCAUUGCCUGGAAAAAAGUCGCCGGAGAUCCCGUUUCGUCCGUGGAUAUGUCGCCAAUUUUAAUCGGUCUUGGAGGAACGGCUACGGGUCUUGGGUUAAUCGUGACCGGGGUUUUAAUGGCGCUGUGGAGAAGACACGCAGCAACCCCUGCGAAGCCUAAGCCUCCUCAACCAACGAUAUCAACGUUCGCUGGAAAGGGAGACGAGGAGGAUGGAAAUCCGGACCUCAUACCGACCAGCGAGCUCAGCAAUCAUUUAGACAGGAAACUCACAAUCUACGGAUCUCUUCCCCGAAGACCGCAUCUCAUCGAGGGCAGAGAAAUGUCCUAUGACGUCAUAGAGGAUCCCGAAUAUCCCCAAGCAGCACCCAACAUGUACUACAGUCUUCAGAGGCCUCACAGAUACUCGGAUACGAUCAACAGGAGUACGACAACCAUUCAGGAAAGCCGUAUUUGAACGAUGUUUUUUAUGUGAAAAUUGUUUGACGUGAUUUU